GGUGCCGCGAGCGUGGCCGGGGCCGCCCGAUCUCCUCCCGGGCUUUCGGGGCCGCGGAUUAGGACCUCGGCUGCACCCCCAGCUGGGCCCCGCCGGGAGAUCCGAGGGGGCGCCCCGAGGUUGCAUCCGACGCCCCCCAAGCCAGGAUGCGCAGGUAGGAAAGCAGCCCGAGCACGCGGGGACCCCGCGCUGACUUGGGUGCGGGCAGCGGGGCGCGCUCUCCCCCUCCCCGCCAUGCCCUCUGAGAGGCCCGACCUGCGAUCCUGCCCUUGGAAGCGUCGGAUCGGUGAUCUGCAGGACGCAGGGACUCCCAGCUCCGUCCCGGGCUGCUGAGAGGAUCCAAUGAGACGAUGCUGCUAAAGCUCUCGCCCUGAGCUCCAAGGUGCUCAAACAUUCCCAGGAGUCUGCAGGGCCAGCUCCCCUUUGAGAAGACGUAGAUUCCUUCACCCUAGCACUGCUGUGGUCUGAGCAGUGCCAACCUGACCCCUGUCGCAGGGAGCCCUGGAGAUGGGACCUGGAAGGCAGAGUGCACCUGCUGGCACCGGGGACCCCUGGCAUUGUGAAGACGCUCGUGGCGCUGGCAUGCAGACCCUCCACCUUCAGCACCGAUGCCCAGGCUACCGGGCGAAAGCCAGAGAGUCCUAUGUGGAUGAGACGUUGUUUGGCAGCCCUGCAGGCACCCGGCCUGCCCCGCCAGACUUUGAUCCACCCUGGGUGCAGAAGAAGAACAGAAGCAGAGGAAGUAGCACAGGAGUCUCACAGGCGUCCGCAGCCCCGGGGUGCAGUGAGGCCACCCCCUGCAGGGGCAGCACCCCAACACUCACACCAAGGAAGAAGAACAAAUACAGGCUCAUCCGCCACACCCCGACCUUCUGUGAUGAGUCGUUGUUCGGCCCCCCGCCUGGGGGGGUGCGCUGUGAGGCCUCCCGGAUGGCCAAAGGGGACCCCGCCAAGCUCCACGCCCUCUUCUGGACGCCACCAGCUACGCCCAGGAGCGGCCAUUCACCCCGCCCCAGGAACACCCCACUGAGAGCCGUUCACCCGGCCAGCACCUCCAAGACGGAGCUGGGGAUGGCCGCUGACUCCCAGAAGUCGUCCCUGGAUGGGUUUUCUGUCACCCACCUCAACCGCCCCAGCACCCUCCAGACCAAUGGGCCUCUGGACCCCAGGCCUUCUACCGCAGGGGUGGCCUGCCGGCACCCCCCGCUCUCCCCCCGGACUCGCUCUGCCAGUAUCUCAGUGCCAGCUGCCCCCCAGCCACGGGCGGCUACCCCGAAACCAAAGCCCCCUUGGAGGUGAAGUAGGUCUUAUCACAGAGCUUAGCUGGGCUCCUCUGGGAGACUAGUAUCUCCCGGGGACCCCUGUGGGAAGGGGGAUUUGGAUCUGAGGUUUCUGUCUGGCCCCGUUCACUAACAGUGCCAAGUUUGUCUUGGGCCCCACCCCAUCCAACCAGUCAGUGCCAAAGGUUUGCCUUUGGCCCCUCCCACCCUCCAAGCCAGCCUCAUCAGGACUUCCUUUCCUGGAGUCUGGGGGCCUGAGGAGUUAUCCUAGGCUCUGAGGGCCCAGAAGGCAGAAGGGCCUCCGGGUAAAGAGGCGCAGGUGUUGUUCAUUGUAACUUCAUGUAUUUAUUUCUGGAUAUUAAAUGUACCCGUAGGGCUGAGA